UACCCAAGUCUGGUUAUUCAUGGAGUGAAAGUUGUAAGAGUUGUGUUGUUGAUGUCAAUGAUAACGAGUGCCAGGAGAGAUCUGCUGAAAUGGUAAACUGGGGGGUUUCACUUGUGCUGGGUGAAGGUAACUGGAGUACUGAUGGCUGUAAUACUACCAUCGACAGUGGAGACUUUGUGUGCAGUUGUAAUCAUCUGAGCUUUUUUGCAGUGCUCAUUAAUCCUGAAAUUCCUGAAGAGUCCCAUAUUGUCCUUCUCAACUACAUUUCAUACAUUGGCUCUGCCCUUUCAAUAGCAUUUACAGCCCUUAUGAUUGUUAUGUUUCUGUGCCUGAGGAAGAAGCAAUGUGAGCAUUCAGUCAUCAUUCACGUGCAGCUCUCAGGCUCCCUUUUCUUGUUGCACACCUCGUUCUUGUGCAGCGUGUGGUUUUCAGGCCAGAGAGACAUUGAAUCAGUGUGUCAGGCUCUAGGACUUUUUCUACACUGGUGCCUUUUAGCCACCUUCACUUGGACAGCCAUUGAGGGCUUCCACCUGUACCUGCUGCUGGUGCGGGUCUUCAACAUCUACAUCAAGAGAUACUUGCUUAAAUUAAGUCUUGUGGGAUGGGGUGAGUUCAAAUUCACAUUUUGGUGUCAACAGUAGCUAUACACUAUUUCAACAUUACUCAG